UUGAGUUGAGAGAGCUGCUCGCGACACUGUGACAUUUCUGCUGAUGAAAACGCGCUAAGACUCUUCAGGCAUGACCACGGAUCUAUUUUAACCUAGGACCAUCUCGUCGAUCUCGUCGUGGUUUGUUAUUUUGGGUUGCAAGCUUCGAGAAGGUAGAUUGGGAAAGAUCCAUUGGCAGUGGGUUUGAUCCAUUGGCUGUGCGCAAAGUUGGGCUACUUCGGGUGACAACCGUUGCCAUAAAUCUGGAACAGUUUCAUUUUUUUAAUCAAUUGAACAAGUGCACAUGUAAAUACGGCUUCAUGUGUGCAGAAACUAUGGUAAAACAUGACGUUUAACUGGAAUAUGUCAUUAUAGGGAUUUAUUUUACUAAUGUGAUUUUUUUCCCCCAAAUAAUUUUGAUGAAAAAAACAAAACCAAACUUAUUGUGAUAUAAUUUGCACUGUGCAUGUUUAACUGAACACUUAUUAAACCAUGUCUGAAUCGGUGAAGACCUUUCAAGCGCACCUGACCGCUGUCAUGGAUAGUUUGGUUCGCGCAUCAGUGUGUGAGAUCACCAAACUCUUUCAGGACACGGUGAACGACUACCUGGUGGAAAUUUCACUGAACAGAAAAGAGAACGAAGCUCUGAAAUUGAGAUUGAGGCUGACUGAGAAUAAACUGAGGAAUGAACGCAAAUAUGGCAUGGGCUGGGCGGCCGGUCGGCGCGCCGCUGCUCUGCUUGGCACUGACGACGCCGGGCGCAAAACGCGCAAAGUGGAUCUCCAAAGAGGCAAGCAGGGGAAGGAGUGGAGUGCUGAUGCGUGGGAGGAGGGGACUGGAAGAGCAAGGGAUGAGAGGAGGGACGUGUUCCGAGCACAUUUGCCAACUGGAGGAGGAGGAGGUGGAGGGGAGGAGGAAGACAGGAGACACGUCUCUGGGGUGAGGAAGGAGGCAGCAAGUAUUAAAGAGGAGGUGAGCUGCCAUUCAGAUGUGAGGAAGCAGCUGCAGGGACGGAAAGAGAGAGUGGGGAUGCAGAGUGUCCUGAAAAUUCAUUGGUCAAAAGGUGUGGGAAUCAUCUCCCAAUGUUUUUGCUCUUUUAAGGUGGGAAGCUACAGACUAGACUCAUUGAGGCUUUUGCAAGAGGCCCUACAGAUGGACCAAAGUGAAACCAGCCCUUCCUGUGGAGAAAUGUGCACUGCCUCUACUGGUCCUGAAUCAGCUGCUGCUGAAGUGUGGGAGGAGCAGCCACCCACGCUAGAGGAACCAAUGGCCAGUGGAGAUGAGCUCAGUGGACUUGAGACUGCCCUCAAGUCAGAGCGUGAGUGGGAGGAGACGGAGACACAUCUGGGUAGCCGCUCUAAUGAGGGGUGUGGAACCGCAGGUGUGGCUUUCAUUGGACUAGACGGCCUUUGCAGCUCUCAGCAGGAUGUGUCAUCAUCAUUACAUAGAGCCGACCCUACUGAACUACAAAUCCCAUCAGCCCCUACAAACAAGGAAGAGGAGGAAGAGUCAGGAGGAAAGGGUUGCGACAUCCUGCAUUUCUGCCCACGCUGUGGCAGUGGCUUCAAUUCCGCCUCUGACCUGGUGGCUCACUCUUGCACUGUGUCUGAGGAGCGGCCCUUUCAGUGCUCUACAUGUGAGAGAGCGUUCAGCCAUGCAUGGAGCCUGAAGAGCCAUGAAUGUGUGCAGAUAGGAGAGCAGUCGCACCGCUGCGAACUCUGUGGCAAGCGAUUCACACAUUCGCGGUCCCUGGAGCGCCAUCAUUUGGUUCACACUGGCGAGCGCCCCCACAGGUGCCCGCAGUGUGGCCGCAGCUUUAGUCGUCUUGGAAACUUGGAGAGGCACCAGCGCAUCCACACAGGUGAAAGGCCAUAUGAGUGCGGGGAGUGUGGGAAAAGAUUCAGUCGAGUGGAAUACCUGAAACGGCACCAGCAGAUCCAUAUUGGAGAAAAAACUGAGCGGAACUCCCAGCAAUGCUCUCAGUGCAACCAGACAUUCAGUGAUACUGAGCAGUUCAAGCAGCAUCAAUGUCCUUACCUUACUUAAUGUUAAUCAGUGUACAGGUGCUCAUCCAAUAAUGUGAUGCUCCUUUAAAUCCUGCUCUUAGAUAAAACUAGACCUGAAAGGAAUAGUUCACACAAAAAUCAUUAUUUACGCACCUUCACGUCGUUCCAAACCGUUCUGUUUUUUUCCCCCCAGUGGAACACAAAAAUAUUCACUAAAUUAUUUUCCAUACAGCAACAAUUCAUAGUGACGAAAACGGUUAAGGUCCAAGAAGGAAACAACAUAAACGUGCAUAAAAGAAUAGACUUUUUCUAGACUAUAUUGAAAGUCUUCUGAAGUCAUACGAUAUCUUUGUAUGAAAAACAGGCUGAUAUUAAAUUAUUAUAAGAUGUGUGCGAGUAUCAAUGGCGUUUGACGUCAAACCUAGUGCAACACUAUAAAAUAUAUUUAUUUUGGUAGCACUUUACAAUAAGGUUCCAUUCGUUAACAUUAGUUAAUUCUAAGUUAGCAUUAGGUGUCAUGAACAAAUAAUGAAAAAUAUAUUUUUUACAUGUUAGUUAAUAAAAAUACGAUUGUUCAUUGUGGGUUCAUGUUAACUUACAUUGUUAAGUUAUGUUAACAAACUGUAAAGUAUAACCUACAGUAUAUUACUAAAUUGAACGUGAACGCAAAUUAGAUUUUAGAGUUUCGGCUACAGUUAAAAUGUUUUUUUGGCCGAAAAUAACAAAAAUUCCAGUCUGUUUCACACAUAAAGCAAUCAUACGGCUCCAGAACACUUGGAAUAUAAUGCAAGAGUCGUAUUUUCUGGUGCUUAUAUUAAUGUUAUGUGAAAGAGCAUCAUAAAAAAUUAAAUAAACAUUUCUACUAGAAUUAAAUUAAAUUGUUCCAUGGAAAAACUACCAACAUACAGGUUUGAAAAUAUAUGAGGGUAAGUAGUUUUAAUACUUUAAAUUGUAAUAAAAAUUUAUAAUUUUAAUUUUCGGGGAAACUAUUCCCUUAACUAGUCAGACAUAAGAAAUUUUUCAUAAUCCUGUUAGAAUAAUAUUUUUCUUAACACACAGGACUCACAUAAUUGGUAAGCAUCUGAUCACAUGCCUUCCACCACCUUUACCAACCCCAAAUAUGACUUGUUACAGAUAUCAAUAACGACGACAACAACAACGACGUAAAACUGAACACAAAUCCUUCAUCUUUAAAGCAAAGCACACUUAAUCCAAUGCAAUGACAAUGAUAUUUCAUAGCAGUGCCAGAACUACUUAAGUAGUAUUAUUGUAGUAUUAUUAUUCAUUUUUUAUAAACUAUUUAUCCAUUAUGCACAAUUUUCACUUAUGUUAUUUAUUGCGCAAUGUAACAAGCCUGUUACAACUCAAGAAUGUGUAAAUGCAAAUAACUUUAUUUUUGUUUUAUAUAUCAGUCUACCUAUAACUUUUUUGUGAAAAGGCAUUUAUAGAUGCUCAUUUCCUUUUUAAUAGCGAACAGUCUAUGACAUUUUAUGCACACAGUCUAACAGUAAAUAUAAAUCUUAAAGAUCCCACAUGUUUUUCUACUAAUCUUCACUCAAAACAAGUUAAAUAUUGUGAUUGUAUUGUUUUUAGGUCUUCCCAUUAAAAUUAGCAUUUUUCCAUGUUAUAGUCUAGUUGCUUUACCAGUUUCUUCCCUG